AUGAACGCUGAAGCUCAAUAUUUUCAAUAUCUUGCACAAUCUGCUGGAACAGAUAGCCGAGUACGAAGAUACCCAGCGGAGUCCGCGAUAGUUAAUAACGAGGAAUAUCCACGGGUAUCCUCCCAUAUCUCUUCCGAACGAAGAAGACAAACAUCAGAAUUUACCGACUGGGACUUUCUUUCUGAAUGGGAGAGAUCAACGCAACCAAAAAAGGGCAUUCUUGGAUUCCGAAACGAAACUUCUGAAAACCUUGCCAGCAACCAACGGAAACCCAUCUCGGAAUGUGGUACACAUCCACAUAAAUCAACACAAGAAAUAGAUCCACAACACAAGAAGUCGAGAAUGAACAAUAGAAUGUUUCAGAAAUACGUUAUCCCGGCUUCUAUACUCAUCGGGGCUCUUAUAUUUUCCAUCCUCAGCCACCCUUUCUUGUCGGUAGCUGAAAACUUCGUUAAGAACGUAUUGGAAGCUUUUCUCGUACUUUUCGUUUUUCAUCCUGAUCAACUAUGCGCUUUGAUUGAAAUACUUUUUGGGCAUUUCAGACGUUUAGAGAAUUUUCCUCAAUUUUAA